ACCUAAUUGUUUCAUCGUAAUGAUCGUGGUAAAUAAAUAUUUCUUUUAUUUGUAAGAUGGACGUUUAUGCUGCCAAUUUGGUUUCAGAAAAUGGGGAGUCAUACAUACCUGCUUCACAAAGGCCAGAUGGAACCUGGAGAAAAGCUAGGCGAGUAAAAGAGGGUUACGUACCCCAAGAAGAAGUACCCCUUUAUGAAAGCAAGGGAAAACAAAUUGCAAAUCGAAAUUCUAAGCCCCAAACUAUUACAUUGCCUACAGGGGAAGUUGCUCGUCAAGCCAUUCCAGGAUUGUUUAUUGUAGAUGAAAAAGAUAAAGAACAAAAAUCUAAAAGCAAGAAAAAACCAAAAUCAUCUGCAAAGCAAAGUAAAGAAGAUAUUAUCAACAAACUUGAAAGGAUUAAAUUAAAAGAAGUUCCUAAAAGUGAAACUUCUGAAGCAAAAACCAAACAGAAUAAGCAGAAAAAAGUUGAAGAAACUAAAGAAAACGAGGUUACACAAAAUCAAAGUGUAGAUCCUGGUAAAAGAUUAAAAAAUCUUAAAAAACGAUUACGUGAAGUGGAAGCAUUAGAAGAAAAACUAAAAAAUGGUUCAAUUGCAAAACCAGAUCCUGAUCAAUUGAAAAAAGUAGAAAGGAAAAACGAUAUUCUUCUAGAAAUAAGGCAACUAGAAAAACAGAUUUGACUGAAUUGACUUAUUUUAAUGAUACCUUUUCAAAGAAAAGUUUUACACAUUCGUUUAAUUUAAGUAAUUUUUUGGUAACUCUAUUGUAAUAUUUGAACUCUGAUGGUUAAUGCAAGUACAAAAGGCUAUUAGAAUUUUCUUUUGUGCUUUUUUUUAAAUCUUAAAUAUGGUAAUUUAUGAGCAUAAUUAUAUACACAAGUAUGUAAAUAGUUUCGAUGGAAAAGCAAAAUGUUACAUUAUUUGUAGCAAUUAAUAUUUCAUCAAAGUAAUUGUAAGUACUAUUUGUAUAAAUGUUAAUCCUUUUAUAGAAACAUACUCCAAUUUGUGCCCUCUGUGAUGUUUUUAUAAUAGCAUUUGUGCAGCAUUUAAUGUAGAGUAUAUUUGUGUGGACUGCCA